CAGAGCCGGUGCACGCACCACACUCUCAGUUUCUAUUCGUAACGAUCCGUUCCAAACCGUUAAGACCCGAUCCGGUCUUCGUUACAACUGCAAAUAACUUGUGCAAGGGAACCAAUAAGCUUCUUCGACAGCGAGGACCCCCCCACCAAACUUAAUGCCCGCGUACAUAAAGGCAGAACAGGGCUCGUAACUCGUGAAACGUUAUCCACGUGGCUUUCUACGAUAGGAGUGCAAUGUUGUUUCCCAAUAUUCUGUUUCUCGGACUACUUUGCAGUUUCUCAAGAGGUCACGUUUCAAUCCUUCCAAUACCGAAAGACUUUGUGGGACAUGGCACACAAUACAGAUUCCAGUAUUUUGUACGGGACGAGCUCGGUGAUUAUAAAACCCAAGAAGAAGCCGGUGAUGGGGACAGCGUUCGUGGUAGUUAUGCAGUAGAAGAACCAGAUGGAGAUCUAAGGAUUGUCCAGUACACUACUGAUUUGGGAAGAGGAUUUAAAGCUCAUAUAAAAGUUGACCGCGUCGGCAGGUCAGCAUCUAAACUUCAAGAAAUUGACAUUCCUGCUUCGGAAAUAAAAAAGCUCAUUGCUGACAACCGAAAGAAAGUUCAAGAAGAGCCAGAAAAGCCUAAGUCUAAAGGAUAUGUUCUAGGACCUCCGAAAACUAUGUCAGAUAUUAUCAUGGAGCAGGCAGCUGCCAUAAGAGAAAUUAUUUCUAAGGAAAUUGAGACUGAACAAAAGGAAGAGCAACUUGAAAGCGAAAACACCCUCUCUGAGAUAAAUAAAAAGAAUGCUAAUCCGGUCACAGACUGUUCUCACUUACAAAUCGAACCCAGUAAACUGUUUGAUAUGGAACAGGAAAGUCAGAGCACUCUGGAAACUGUACAGGAUGAAAGCACUGAAAAAUUCAACACAGAAAUUGUUGAGAAAAUUGUUACAAAAAACAUUGAGAGUACCAUCAUAAGCACAGAAGAGAACAAAUCCUCAAAGAAUAAAAAUACCACAUCCAGUGAUUUCAAUUUUGAAAAUGUAGAAGAAAACACCAUGUCCCAAGAUUCAGAGUUCACGUCUACAUUUCUACCAGAGUUAACCGAAACAGGAAGUCCCCAAACGAAAGAUCUUAUGACUGCAAAAUCCGUAGAUUUUUCGUCAAUGUUGUAUGUACAUGAUGCCGAGGAACGUGAAAAAUCAAAUUUGCAGAGUCUCACGUCACAGCAACAAUCCGGCAGAGAAAUAUUACUCAUGACUCCAAGUCCUGCGUUAGCUGGACCAUUGCUAGGUGGUCCAGCCAGGAAUGUCAAUUCAAGGAACAGAAUAAUGCUUUAUAAACCAGCGGAACGCAAACUAAACCAUAUAAUAAAUCCUAGUUUUUCACAAGACAUAGUGAGGGGACCAAAGAAUCAAAAAGAGCUAAGCAUUCUAAGAGUAAUGAAUUUGAAUAAAAAUUAUCACGGAAAAAAUCACGAAGAAAGAAGUUUAAGGAGCGAUAAAGACGAGGAUCGAAUAGUGCUUUACUCGCCGCUUCAACAAAGCGAUCAGCAAUCGCACCGUAAGGCUAGAUACUUCUCAGUACCUUAUUCUGUAAUAAGGCCAUACAUUAUGACGAUGGACGAAGAAACUUCAUGAUAAUUAGAACGCGGAAUGAAUGUUGAAUUAAAAAUGUUAAUUGAAAUUGUGAAAAUAUGUAAUGCGUGAGCUUAGUAUGUGGAGUAUGUGCUAUUAGACUGAUUAAUGUUUAGGAUUAGAGAAGAUAUUUUAACACUGGUGACGGUUUUGGUACAUGGGUCGGUGCUAAGUGCAAUUUCGUUAUUUUGCAAAAUAAAUCUGUUAACUGCAAGCAACCGGGAUGUUUCGGCCCUAAACGAAUAGGCCCGAACCCAUGGUACCUUGAAGGUAUUGACAUCCUCUUAAAAUGUGUAGUCUAUGUUCACGACUAACAUUAUGUAGCGUUCAUUGUAUGUAUUAUAAAUAGUAUAUUUCUUAAACAUUAUAAA